AUGCCUUUAUUUCAGCCCGCCGACGUCAACACACACAUGCUUUCUCAAUUCUCACUCAAAGGCAAGAUUGCUGCCGUGACUGGCGGUGCCAAGGGCAUCGGUCUGGAAGUCGUGCGCGGCUUGGCCGAGGCCGGAGCCGAUGUCGCGAGAAUUUACGCCACCAGUAAUAAUGCUGCAGAAGUUGGUGAAAAGAUCGCAGCAGAGAAUAAAGUCAAGGUCGGGGCGUACCAAAGCGAUAUCGUUGCUGAUUUUGGCCGACUCGAUAUCAUGGUUGCCAACUCUGGCGUUUGUGCAGAUAUCCCAAAUCUUGAGUACACGGAGGAGACAUGGCAGGCCAACAAUAGUGUCAAUUUCGACGGCGUGAUAUGGACGGCACAGGCCGCAGGGAAAGCGUUCAAGGAACAGGGCAGAGGGAACCUGAUCAUCACAGCAAGCGUCAGCGCCACUCUCGUCAAUGUCCCUCAAAGACAAGCCGCAUAUAACUCAUCCAAGGCUGCUGCUGUGCAUCUGGCUAAGAGCCUGGCAGUUGAAUGGGUAGACUUUGCGCGAGUCAACUGUGUCUCCCCAGGGUUCAUCGAGACGGAAAGUAGGGAUGCCCGUGUUCUCACGAUUAAAGCGAGGCGAUGGGCUAACAGAACACCUACCUAG